UCGUGUGUUGUGCCGGAUAGUUCGUGAUACACGCGUAUUCACGCUCUACUGAAGUUGCCAGAAUAUACUGUGCAUUCGUUUUUGAGCGUUGGAAAUUAUUGGUAAGCUGGCUCGGCAAUAUAAAUUUUACUAAUUUUGUACACUUGAAACAAGGAGUCCCCUCACGUCCUCUCACUGUCGCUCCAUCGAUCGCGCGAUUUCGAGAUGAGCGCGAAGGAGAAUUCCACGGCGCCGGCGAAGAACACGGCCGCGUCGAACGCGAAACCCUACGGCAAGAUCGUGCUAACGUUGAAGAAUUGCCUUCUGCCCGACGAGAAGCUCAACUCAACUCCCUCGUAUUUGGACGGCCUGGACGCGGAGACCGAGACAGACCUGCGGAUAUUAGGAUGCGAGCUUAUACAGACCGCCGGUAUUCUGCUGAAGUUGCCACAGGUCGCAAUGGCUACAGGACAAGUGAUAUUCCAACGGUUUUAUUAUAGCAAAUCGUUAGUUAGACACAAUAUGGAGACAACUGCGAUGGGUUGCAUCUGCUUAGCCAGCAAAAUUGAGGAGGCACCUAGACGCAUCAGGGACGUGAUCAAUGUUUUCAAUCAUAUCAAGCAGGUUUCCAGUCAAAAGCCGAUACAACCUGUGAUUCUCGAUCAGAAUUACGUAGCGCUGAAGAAUCAGGUGAUCAAGUCCGAGAGACGGGUGCUGAAGGAGCUGGGUUUUUGCGUUCACGUAAAGCACCCCCACAAGAUCAUAGUCAUGUACUUGCAAGUCCUCGGAUACGAGAAGAAUCGCGCUUUGAUGCAACAGAGCUGGAACUACAUGAACGACUCGCUGCGCUCCGACGUGUUCUUGCGUUAUCAGCCGGAAACGGUGGCAUGCGCUUGCGUCUACCUGGCCGCCCGUCAGCUGCAGCUGCCGCUUCCUACAUCGCCCUCCUGGCUCACGCUGUUCCGUGUCAGCGAGUCCGCCAUUCGAGACGUCUGUCGGCGUAUACUGCGUCUCUACUCCAGGCCGCGCGUCAAGUCCGAGCAGCUGGAGAAGCGCGUGGAGGAGCUGCGACGUCAGUACGAGGAAGCCAGGACGAAAGCGCGCGGCGGGGACGUCGAUGGACACACACCGAGCCCGCCAUUACCGAAACACCACAACGCCUGGGGCGGAUUCAUCAGUCGCAGCGGCACACACGCGGCUCCCGAGAGAACGAAAUCACCCAGACGUUCAAAAUCACCGAGCACCUCGCCGUCGCGAGGCGAAGGGACCAAACACUCCAAGCGUAAGAAGCACAGCAGGAGCAGGUCCCGUAGCCACAGCCGCGGCAGAUCCUGCAAGCCCAAGAAAACGCAGCGGAGACGAUCGGGAAGCCACAAAUCGUCCCGCAGCCGUUACAGGUCACGCAGCCGAUCCCGCGAGAGGGACUUGGAGAAGUCGAGCAAACACCGCAGUAAACACAGGCGGCACUGAAUUUAUGCGCACUCGACAUGAGCCAUGAAGCGUUCACGGUCGAGUAUAUUGACAAAUAGAUUUGUAAUAUAUAUACAUACAUAUACUUAUAUAUACAUAUAUAUAAUAAAACCUCGUCCAGGCCUA